GGGUACAUUUAUAUGUAUGUGAAAUGAACUAUCAGCUAAAUUAUUACACCCUGUGAAAUCAACUAAUUUUCACUGAUUCUUCUCUAUCCAACUCAAAAAUUUUUAUUGUUUUAAUGGUUAUAGUUCAGUAUAUUGUAUUACGUCGUGAUUUGUCAACGGUAUUAAAUUGGCCAUUAGGUGCAUUAAUUGCACAAGGUUGUCAUGCCGCGACAGCAGCCAUUACUACUUACUAUACACAUUCAAAUACGGUGUUAUAUCUAAACGAACUAAAUAGAAUGCAUAAAAUUGUUUUAGGAGUUGAGAAUGCAGAACAAUUGGAAAAUUUAGCAAAUAAAUUAAAAGAUGCCGGUAUUGAUUAUUAUUUGUGGAUAGAACAACCGGAAAAUCUAUGCACAGCAUUAGCUACACGCCCAUACGAGAAAUCAAUUAUUCAGGUUUAUUUCAAAGGACUUAAAUUAUUAUCAUGAACUAAUAUAUAUAACGUUGUGUCAUAGUGUUGUUUUGUAGAAUUUGUGAAUGCAAUUUUCAAAAAAAUCUUUGUUUUUGUUAAAAUAAACAAAAGAAGGCACUUCUUUUACAUUAUUAUUGACAACUUGGUCGUUUAAUUCGGCAUGUUUUUUUCUGACGAUAGUUUGUAGCUUUUAGUUCUUUUGAUUGGAUUGUUUAACUUUAACGGUUAAUCAAUAGAUUCCUAAUCAUUUCUUUAUACGUUCAAAUAAAAUACACCCAGUUUUAUUUAUGGCAUACUUUGAA